CUUAGUCUUUUGUAAGUGGUUUCGUAUUGGUUGUUCAUGUCUUGUUAUGGGGCAAGCCACUAAAAUAGACUUUAAAAAGAGGAAGGAAAAAAUGAGAACAGCAGAAAAACUGUUUCAGCUUGCAUUUGCAGUUAACUCUGCUGGAAUCUAUUGGCUGAAACUACAACACGUGACGUUGAUCAGAAUGGUUCCUCCUCUUCCUCUGGUGUUUCUGCUCUUGAUUCCAGGAGUUUAUGGACAGUAUGGUUGGGGUGUGAGUUACAGUCCUUCAUAUAUCUGUGCACUAGAGGGAUCAACAGUGACAAUCUACUGCACUUAUACAUACCCUCCUGGAUAUAAGAUCAUGAAAGUGCUCUGGACCAAAACACUUGUUAUAGAUCAUGUAGAGCCUCCAGAUCUGUCUGAGGACCCUGAAUACAGUCAGAGGCUUCAGUAUCUGGGAGAUAAACAGCAGAGCUGCACCAUCAGACUGAGUCAUGUGACACAGAAAGAUGAACACAUGUACUAUUUCAGAUUCAUCACUGAUAAACCUGAUGGAAAAUGGACUGGUUAUCCAGGAGUGACUCUUACUGUCACAGAUCUUCAGGUGGAGUCUCCUGAGAGAGUGACAGAGGGAGAUUCAGUCCGUCUGACAUGUAAAAGCAGCUGCGCUCUGACUGACGGAGCAACAUUCAUCUGGUACAGAAACUCACAGCCAUUAACUGAGAGAAGAGACAGAAACAAUCAACUCCUGCUGCAGUCAGUCAGAAGAGAGGAUGCAGGCAGAUAUAGCUGUGCUCUACAUGGACACACUUACAUCUCUCCUGCUGUUCAGCUCAAUGUCAGAUAUCCUCCAGUGAAUCCUGUGAUCUUCAUCAGUCCAUCUGGUGAAAUAGUGGAGAGAGAUUCAGUGACUCUGAGCUGCAGCAGUGAUUCAAACCCACCUGCAGAAAUCAGCUGGUUUAAAGGAGAAACGUUUGUAGGAUCUGGAAAAAUCUACAGCAUCUCAAAGAUCAGCUCUGAUCACAGUGGAGAAUACAAGUGCAAGUCCAGAUAUGAAGAUAUAGAUAAAUACUCUGAUGCUGUGACUUUAAACGUCAUGUAUCCACCCAGGAAUGUCUCAGUGUCUAUAAAUGGAUCUGGUGAAAUAGUGGAGGGAGAUUCAGUGACUCUGAUCUGCAGCAGUGAUUCAAACCCACCUGCAGAUAUCAGCUGGUUUAAGGAGAAUCAAAGCUCAGCUGUUGAAUCUGGACAGAGUUUCAGUGCACUACAGAGUGGACGCUUCUACUGUGAGGCUCACAAUCAACAUGGAUCUCAGAGAUCAGACGCUGUUACUUUCACAGUGCAUCAUGGUCUGGGUUGGCCUGUCUGGCUGGGAAUCACAGUGGCAUGUGUAGGAUUAUUCAUCAUUAUCAUCAAUAUUGUGUUCAUAAUCAGGAGAAAACGAAGAGGUGCAAAAGUUGAAGAUGCCGCACCAAAACAGGAUGAUCUGUACAAUAAUGUAGCCGAGAGGGACGUUCCCGUGUCUGAAUCAGCUGCUUGUGAUGAUGCUCCGUAUGCCAGCAUUUCAUCCAGCAAACCCAGAAGGGACAGAGACAGAGAUGCUGAGGAGAUCCAGUAUGCGACAGUCCAACAUCACAAAACCAAACUGAUGAAGAGAGCAGAGGAGAACGAAAACCAGUAUGGAAAUAUCAGGAUUCACCGGCCUUGUGCUGCCAUGAGGCGAUCAGAUGUGGAGACUGUGGAAGAGGUCUCUGUGAUCUACAGCCACGUCAAAUGAACAGACCGUUAUGAAGCCUGUGUUCAGACAUCAAUCUGGUCUGCUGGGAAAAGUAAAAGCCACAAAUAUUGAUUGAAUAUGAAAAAAAGGAAAAAAAAAGAAAAAGAAGUUAAUUAAACAAUGUACUUGAAAGUAUGGCUACUUAAUAUAGCAUGCAAUUCAACAUAAUUUAUGGCACAUCAAACCAGCUGAACCGGAAACAGAAAAAGUCAAAGUUAAAAAAAAAAUAAAAAGCUUUUUGUUUGAUGUUGUGAUGUAGCAUGCACUUUAAAACGUGAACCUGUGCAGUUGUUGCUUUAAAGGGAUAUUUAUAUCCGAUACUACAUACUUUAGUAGCUUCCCAGUCAGCAAACAAAUUUGGCCCAGAUUUGGCAUGCAUCUGGCAAAGCUGGCAUUCAUCCGGCACUGGCAUACAGCAUGUGGGCCAAACAUGGCCCGGGUUUGGCAGAGAUGGUAUAGGGUUUAAGACGGCACACAAGACAUGGGCCAGAUGUCAAAUGCAGUAUUUGGCCCAGAUGUCAAAUACAGAUAUGUGGGCCACAUAAGUAUUGCCGAUCUUGACCCAUAUUUAAAAUCCAUUUCAAAUAUUUUUGAGUAAAAUGCCAAUGUUUUCCCAUACAGUAAGGUAAUAUAUUCACAUAAAUGUGAAACUGUUAAAUAUAUUUUGAAAAUAUAUUUUUUAAAUGCAUAACAUGAAGCUCGUGUUGUGUGUUAUUAUGUGUUUACUUGUAUGCAAAAUUAUAUUCAUGCCUCAUAUGAUAUUAUAUAAUAUAUGAUGUUAUAUAGUAUAUUAUAGAAUAAUAUAUUCUGUUGUUUUAUAUAUAUAUAUUCAAAUAUUCAUCUGCCAUUCAUCCGGCACUGGCAUACAGCAUGUGGGCCAAACAUGGCCCGAGUUUGGCAGAGGUGGUACCGGGUUUAAGACGGCACACAAGACAUGAGCCAGAUGUCAAAUGUAGAUAUGUGGGCCACAUAAGUAUUGCCGAUCUUGACCCACAUUUAACCUCUUAACUGUCACCGUCCACCCUGUGGGACGCCUACCUUUACUUCACUAUUUUACAAUUAAAUCCUAAUCUAAUCAUGACAAACUAUAUAUCGUUGGAAAGGUCUAAGACUCCUAAAUAGGUAUUUUACCACUUUUUCUGUUAAAAAAUUAUGUAGGAAAAGUAAUAGAUUAAUUUAUGACCAGAGGUGUCAAAUCCAGGGUCAGAAAGUAAAAGU